UUCCCCCUUUUUUUUUGUCGAAAGGUAAUCGAUUAGGUAGAAGAUCCGUAAUUUUCGACGAAUACGAUGUCGGGAAACUGCCUCGCUCCCCAAAUUAUCAUCGCCAUUACAAGAUAAGGUCAAAUAUUGACGAUGAUUCCCUCUCCAGGAAGUUGGCUAGAUACUAUUCGAAGAGAGGAGAAGGGAGAUUAAGGAACGCCGCCGAUUCAAUGAGUCAAAGAAUCAGAUUGAAUAGGAACAGUUACGAGAGUCCCGUAGGGUCUUACAUGAUACCUAAGCGCUACAAAUCCUUUCGUUCCCUGGAUUAUGAAACUAGAAGCCCUGAAGAGGAUUAUGGCACGGUUCAAACUAACAGCGUCGACGAAGAAACAUUGGCUCCUCCUGAUUCGACCGAAAUUCCUAACUUAUUCCAACCUACUACCUUAAAGUCUAUGAUCAAAGGUUUUGACAAUUACGAAAUCAGCCAAAAUAAUAGAAACGGGCCUAGUUCAAUAAAUAAGCCUCUAGACGAGAGUUCUAACGAUUGUUACGAUUCUUUUAAAAACGUGGUUAAAUGUUUGGGUGACGUCAACUAUUUUCGGAGAUCACAUCCGCCAUCCACUGAAGACGAAACUAUCACGAAUCAAUGGAAUGACGAAGCGACAACAGGCGGUUGGCAACCAAGAACUCCCAAAAAUUCUCACCAAAAACCUUACAAUUACAUGAUGCCGCUCUACUUUGAAACCGCGAGAAGAGAUUCAUCCGGCUACAGUAAAGACGCCCAAGCUUGGAUUCCUUUAGGAAUAGCUAUUGUAUGUCUAGUCAUCCUGGGUUUAGGUGUGUUAACAUUCAUAGCAGUUAUGACCAAGAGGAAAAACAGGGAUAGCAUUAUUUACAAGAAACGCGUGCCGAAUUUGACUAAAAUACCUCCUAAGACGUAUCAAAAUCCUAACGCGAAUGUGGCAAAGGCGGGGCCGGCAAAACCAACUAACCCGGCUUCGAAAGGAUUCGCUAACCCUACUUAUAAGUUGCCUUCUACUAGCUCCGCCAAGCCCGUUAACGCCGCUAUGACUAACCCUCCUAAGGCUCCGCCAUACGGGGCCCAAAAUAAAAACAACAAUAGUAGUAAUAAUCAUCCCAAGAAGUAUCCGGAAGUGAUGUGGAACAUUGAUCUAAGAUCCGAUUAAAAAUAAUCUUUCCACUAUAUCAUGUGUCGUGAUGAAGUAGGAAUCAUCAAAAUAAUAUAACACGAAUUAAAUAAUAUAUUAUUUACACAAAUUUAUCAUGUAUAUUUUUUUUUAAUAGAAAUUUUUAUGCUUAGAAUUGUUUUAAAAAACUUUUUAUUUUUUUGGGGAGAGUUGAAAUAUGUAAAAUUAUUAUUUAAAUAAAAUAUAUUAUAAUAAUAUAAUUUACCUUUGCAAUCAUUUUAUAUUUCUCCGCAAAUUAAUUCAUUAUUACAAAAUAACGCCGGUAAAUUUGUGAAGAUACAAUUUCAUAAAAUAUAUAUAAUUCUUCUUCGACAAUAAUGUUUUGAUACCUCUUGUGCAUUAGAUUUACGACAAGAAAUUUAUUAUUUUUUUUACUCUGGUCAAACUUUACG